CUGGACCUAAGAAGCUCGACCUAUUCUUCCUGGCUUAUAAGGUGUGAGACCAACAUCGACAAAUGAUGCAUUGUUCUAUCCUGCUGGCGGUUGCUGCUGCACUAUGCGGUGCCAGUUCCCUCGCUUUAGACCUCGCGAGCGUCCCCGGAACUACUGGGGGGAACUUAUCAGCGGCCGCCCCUGCUGAGGCCGAGCUCAUCAAUUUCGCCGCACACGCCGCAAGUGAAUUGAACCCCAUGCGCGGCCAUGGCAUUCGAGACGUUCGACUUGAAUUACUUGGUCGACAGCAAUGCCCGCCGUCCCACCCGCAUCCAUGCCCGAAUAGUCGUUGCUGCCAGGCCGGCUACCCUAUCUGCUGUGGUGGGGGUAAAUGUUGCUCCGAGUCGUUCCCAGUCUGCCAGCCUACUGGGUGUUGUCCAAAAGGCAUGACAGAAUGCGGCACCGUAGACCCAAACUUUUGCAAACUCCCGGGAGCCAAAUGCUGCGGGCUUGGUGUGGCUUGUCCGGUUACUCAUGAAUGCUGUGGCCGGAACUGCUGCCAAGCACCCAGCACGAAGUGCUGCAAAGGGUCGACUCCGGAUAAGUCGGUCUGCUGCGGUGAGCAUGAGGUUUGCUGCGACGGCUGGUGCUGUCCUGAAGGCUCGCAGUGUUCCAAAAAGGGAUACUGUACCGUUCCACGACUCACCCUUGGAUGGCAGAAAAAUACCGAGACAGCAGCUCUCGUCGAGAACGUGUGCUUGGGAAUUCGAGCUCAGUUAGCCAAGGGACGUCCAAACACAUCGCCCAAUGGCCAGAUCGUUACCUAUGCCGGACCUGAAUCUGGUAAUCGUGAGAAGACGGACUGUCGAAGCUCACGGAAGCCUCGAUGCUGUGCAGGCCGCAUUGUCCCACCCGGCCAGCCCGGCGCUGGUACUAAGAUGACCUGUGAUGAGUAUCCCUUCAAUUCCGUCAUGGAGGGUGGACCGGGUGCGCACGUCGCCUGCGUCAGCGAACAUGCGAAUGGCGGUGGUGGUGACUUGCUCACGAAGCUACUUCGCGGCAAACACAAGGGAUUCAAAUUUCUGGUGGAAGUGGUGGGCAUUGACUGCACCAAAGUGAAAGAGUCGGACGUGCCUGCUUGUAACCCGCUAUCGUAGUGAACUGCUUUAGAAACCCACCAAUACUGGAGUCUGUUAGACG